GGGCUCCGCAUUUUACGAAAUUCACUCCAGAAAAUCGUUCUUUAUUCAUUCUUCUUCGUCAACGCCGAGAGAGCGCAUUGUUGGAUUUGGAGAACAUCUUGGCCUAGCGGGAUAGAUUUUUUCUUUUAAUCUCUGAUGAAUUCGCGAGGGAGGUAUCCGCCCGGGAUCGGGAACGGACGCGGCGGCGGAGGCAGCGGUUACGGGGGAGGCGGCUUUCGAUCAGGCCAUAACUCCGGCGGUUAUAAUCAGCCACGGAACCCUCAUUACCAGUACGCGCAGCAGAACCCUCCUCAGCCCCAACAGUAUGGUCAGCGGACCUUGCAGAAUCAGCCGCAACAACAACAACAGCAGUGGCUGCGGCGGAACCCUAGUGCUGCCGCCUCAGAAUCUAGCUCUAACGAAGUCUUGAAAACUAUACAAUCAGAAGCGAUUGAUUCGAGCUCUCAAGAUUGGAAGGCUCGACUAAAUAUACCAGCGCCUGAUACACGUUAUAGGACAGAGGAUGUGACUGCAACAAAAGGAAAUGAGUUUGAAGAUUACUUCUUGAAACGUGAGCUACUUAUGGGGAUAUAUGAGAAAGGGUUUGAGAGACCUUCUCCCAUCCAGGAAGAGAGUAUCCCAAUUGCACUUACUGGGAGCGAUAUUCUUGCUAGAGCUAAAAAUGGAACUGGGAAAACAGCUGCCUUUUGUAUUCCCGCACUAGAAAAAAUUGAUACAGAGACUAAUGUCAUUCAAGUUGUUAUACUUGUCCCUACUAGAGAGUUAGCACUUCAGACGUCUCAAGUUUGUAAGGAACUUGGUAAACACUUGAAGAUACAAGUAAUGGUUUCUACUGGAGGAACUAAUUUGAAAGAUGAUAUCAUGCGAUUGUAUCAACCAGUCCAUUUACUUGUUGGAACUCCUGGAAGAAUACUUGAUCUUGCCAAAAAGGGCAUCUGCAUUUUGAAGGACUGUGCAAUGCUUGUUAUGGAUGAGGCAGAUAAACUUUUAUCCCCAGAGUUUCAGCCUUCUGUGGAGCAUCUAAUUACCUUUCUACCUGAGUACCGACAAAUUUUGAUGUUUUCAGCUACAUUUCCAGUGACUGUCAAGGAUUUCAAAGAUCGAUAUCUACGAAAACCUUAUGUUAUUAAUCUAAUGGAUGAGCUUACUCUCAAAGGUAUAACACAAUAUUAUGCUUUUGUAGAAGAGAGACAGAAGGUCCACUGCCUUAAUACCCUUUUCUCCAAGCUGCAAAUCAACCAAUCGAUCAUUUUUUGCAACUCUGUGAAUCGAGUAGAACUGCUUGCAAAGAAAAUUACAGAGCUUGGCUAUUCUUGCUUUUAUAUCCAUGCUAAGAUGCUACAAGACCAUAGGAAUAAAGUUUUUCAUGACUUCCGCAAUGGUGCAUGCAGGAAUCUUGUUUGUACUGAUUUAUUCACACGUGGGAUAGAUAUUCAAGCUGUCAAUGUUGUGAUAAAUUUUGAUUUUCCUAAGAACUCAGAAACUUAUCUGCAUAGGGUGGGUCGUUCAGGAAGGUUUGGGCAUCUUGGAUUAGCUGUGAAUUUGAUUACCUAUGAAGACCGUUUCAAUUUGUACAAAAUUGAGCAAGAACUUGGAACUGAAAUAAAACCAAUUCCUCCGCAUAUCGAUCAAGCCAUUUACUGCCAGUAAAAUCUGAAGAAAAGCUGAUUUUGACUCUUGUUACACCUGAGGCAGUGGCUACUGGAUGCUGAAUCAAUAUUGGAUUUGGAGACUUGCUGGCUUGAAAGCUAGCUUUGUGGGGAACCAUGAAGUAAUUGGACAACCAUAAAUUGACUUUUACUUGACAGACAUGCUGUAUGGUUUAUUGAACACACAACUCAAAAAGCAAGGUGUUCUUCCUCUUCCCUGCCUGUUUGUACUCGCAAUCAACAUGUCUUAGAGUUCCCCGACGUAAUGUGAUCAACAUAUUUCAUUCUGGUUAUUUGUUGAGGUAUUUAGCGUUGGGAUCAUGUCUUAAAUAAUUCCGAGUGUGUGGACAAGUGCGAAUUCCAUGGUAAUCUCGUACAAACAGACAAGUCAUUCCAGCAUGUUUGAGACUUGGAGUAGAAACAUUGGUUUUAGACAGAGUUUGUUGUUUUAAUAAACCUAAUACUACUUUUAUUUAAUUUGUCCUCCAAUAAUUUCAUACUCUGUACUCACUAUUAGAAUUAUUGUGAAUUGACACACUUUGUUUGAUUAUCGCGAAUUGAUUUGAAGUUUGUGCA